GGCGCAGCGCGAGCGGGAGGUCGCCGCCGAGCACGCCGAGGAGCUGCGGCGGAAAGCCGCCGAGGCCGAGACCAGGCUGGAGGACGCCCUGCGGGACCUCGCGCAGGCGCGGCAGGAGGCAAGGGACUACAAGAAGAGAGCCGACGAGUGGGAGAUCUUCUACCACGGCGGCUUCCACCCCGUCGACAAGACGCUGCACUCGGGGCGCAAGGAGAUCUUGCAGCAGGCGCAGCUCCAGCUGCGCGUGGCCAACGAGGCCCCGCGGGAGAAGAACGCCGGGCUCCAGAAGCAGCUCCACGAGGCGCAGGUGAAAGCCGAGAGGUGCUGGAGGACUUGCCCCGGGCGGCGCGCCCGAGCCGAGGCGAGGGGCAAGGGCCAGGGAAAGGGCGCGGGCGGGGCCGCCAGCGAGACCGCCGAGGCGGACCAGGGGAGCCAGCCCGGCCGCGGCCGCUGA